GUUCGCCAUCAUGGCACGAAUCGUCAUGUCGCUCCGGCCUCUCAUCAUCGGCGCGCUUCUCGCGCUUCUCGUGUGCUGCGCGGCGGCGCAGCCGACGAAGAGUGAAAUGAUAAGCGAGCUUCGGAAGCUCCGCAAGGCCAUCACGCAGCUCAAGUACCUGGGGAGAUACACGCUCAUCGCCAGCGCCAUAGAUCAAGCCCUUCCGAAACUGAACGACAUUCCCGAUGACGAGGACCUCUCCGCAUACGACCAGAAGACCGUUCUCAUCCCCCAAAACGAGGCGAUCAGCACGGCGGGACUCGGCACGCUCGUCAAAGCGGGCGUGAAGACCAUGAGCGCAGACAAGGCUAUGACGUUCUCAGACAAUGGCCUGAUCAACGUGCUGGAUGGCUACUUCACAUUCGAUGAGAUCAAGCGCGGCACCACCUUCCAAACCAUGCUCGGCGCGCGUCGCUUGAGGAAGUACUUCGUGCCACUGGUCAUGCGGAAGGGGUCCCCGUACGCGCUCGGGCAGAGCAAAAACGGCUUGUCGUGGUCGCAGAUCGUGAAUCCGGGGAUCUACCGCGGCAAGUACUUCGUCGCGCACGGCGUCGAUGCUCUCCAGCAGCCGUGAACCCGCGCGCGCUUUGACACGCCAUGCGGCAAGGCUUGAAAGCAACGAAC